AUGCCGGCACCGGAAGGUAAAGAAGAAGGGAAGUCAAUCAUUGUCACAGAAGAUCUAGAACCACAAGAGAACAGAUGGCGUGGCAGAAGUUGGGGUAGCCGUGGUUGGGGUGGACGGGGCUAUGGCGGUGGACACGGCCACGGAUACGGCGGCGGAUACGGUGGCGGAUAUGGCGGUGGAUUCAGCGGUGGAUGCGGUGGCGGCUACGGCGGCGGAUACGGCGGCGGAUACGACGGCGUAUACGGCGGACGGACACGGUGGCGGCUACCGCGACAAGGCUAUGGCUAUGGUAGAUAG